CCCGGGCGUCCGCGAGGAGGCAGGGGCCUGGGCUCGGAGAGGCGGACGUUGGGGAGUGACAGGCCCUAGGGCCGUUGGGCAAUAGCAAUGCCCGUUUGUCCCCGGGAUGUCGGGUGGCGCAGGAGGCGUGGCCGCCCAGUGAGCUUGCGGCUCUGGACCGGAUGAGACACUCCGCGGCUUAGGAGCAGUCGGUUCGCAGGGCGCGAAGGGUGGGGGCCUUCCGGAGAUCUGCGGCCAGCUGCCGGUGCAAGGCGCCUGGGGUGACAGGCCUGGCCUUGCCUUUCCCCAGAGCUGCCCUCUUCAGGAAAUGGACCCUGAGGUCUCCCUGCUGCUGCAGUGUCCCCCGGGCGGGCUGUCCGAGGAGCAGGUGCGGGCGGAGCUGAACGCCGCUUACGACCGCCGCCCCCUGCCUGGAGGCGAUGAGCCCAUUGCUGCCAUCUGGGAGAGCCGGCGCCAGGCCCAGCCCUGGCUCUUUGAUGCCCCCAAGUUCCGCCUGCACUCGGCCACUUUGACACCCGCCGGCCCAUCAGGGCCACAGCUGCUUCUGCGCCUGGGCCUCACUUCCUACCGGGACUUCCUGGGCACCAACUGGGCCAGCUCAGCUGCUUGGCUGCAACAGCAGGGUGCUGCCCACUGGGGCGACAAGCAAGCCUACCUGGCAGACCCACUGGGGGUGGGUGCUGCCCUGGUCACCUCUGAUGACUUCCUUGUCUUCCUGCGCCGCUCUCAGCAGGUGGCUGAGGCAUCAGCGCUGGUGGAUGUGCCUGGCGGACACCCUGAGCCUCAGGCCCUGUGCCCUGGUGACAGCCCCCUGCACGAAGACCUCCCUGGGGAUUUGGUGGUGCACGAGCUGUUCUCCAGUGUGCUCCAGGAGAUCUGUGAUGAGGUGAACUUGCCACUGUUCACCCUGAGCCAGCCGCUACUGCUGGGCAUCGCCCGCAAUGAGACCAGUGCCGGCCGAGCCAGUGCCGAGUUCCAGGUCCGGUGUAGCCUGACUUCUGAGCAGGUGAGGAAGCGCUACAUGAGUGGGGGACCUGAGGCCCACGAGUCCACUGAGAUUAUCUUUGUGAAGACACAGAGUGUACAAAGGUUGCAGGAGACUGAAAUGUGGGCUGAGCUCUGCCCCUCGGCCAAAGGCGCCAUCUUCCUCUAUAACCUGGGCCAGGGAAGUCCACCUGAGUCGCCAUAGUGUCCCCAACCCCAUCACCAGUUUGGAAGGCAAUAAAGGACUUUUUUUUCUUGGAUUUCAUUGGCAUCUACAGUUUCCCUAAAAGAGAAGGG